UCUCAUGGUUUCAGUCGGUCAUACUUACUGGGAUCAUACCUAUUCAUUACAAUUUCUACCUAGUGGUGAUAACAAACAGCCUUUUCACCCUUUUCCUGGAAACUUAGCCCAUCUCCCACCAGUCACACCUGUGAACAGACGUUUUUUUUUUUUUUUUUUUUUUUUUUUUUUUUUAAGUUUGUAAAGCUUUGGAAAGGUUUAAAGUGUUAUAAUGUUGGAAUCCAAUGGAUUACGUCCAGUUGAAACAAUUCAAAAUGUUUUAUUUUUGUAGACUUAAAGCUUGUUACCAAAUUUCACCCUAAAAGAUUCCUAUAGGAAUUGUCUUAUGUCUUAUAGGACAAGACAUAUCUAUCCUGUAGGACCACUUCUAUGGUAUUUUUGGCUUCCUAUUCAGGUUAUAUGGGAAUUCAAUACCAUAUUCUCAAGAAUCCUAAUGGUGCACUUUUCCACUGUAGAUUUUUUUAUUGUCAGCACUGUAUAUGUAAGCUUUAAAUAAAAGAAACUUUUUAAAAAUAAUUCCAUGAAUUAUUAGCCAUUAAUGACUAAUACAGAUUAAGAUGGUUUCUUAAGAUGUAUAGUAAUAGGAUAUGUAUAUAUAAGAAAGUCUUUUAGGAUUUUAAAACUCCCAAUGUAAAUUCCAAUCACUUUUCAAUAACAAGAUAUUAUUUCCAAUAAAUUACAAGUAGAGUUCCUUCAGGAGAAACUGAAAUUCCGAUAGGAUUUUUGACAUGGGAUUGUAUCAACGUGGUGUCACAGUGAGAGGACUGUAUUUUGAUAUGAUACAAUGUUCAUUUUCGAGGCGAUACAGUGAACAGAAAUGAAAUGAGCAAAGCUGCCUCGUGUAUGCUGAGGCAGUCAAACAUCACGCGCUAUACACACGCUGGGAGAGUCUGUGUGAUGUCUGAACACGUAGGCCUACUAAAGCCUGUAUGUGUAUGUGUGUGCGUGUGCGGGUAUGCGUGCGUGCGUGUGUGUGUGUGUGUGUAAUUCAACAGAAGUCAUGUUUUAAUCCUUCAUGAGUCUCGCGCCCUACAGAUAUCCUGAAGCUGCCUCCCUCCUGCACUGAAACGUGCUCGCGCCCAAAUUAACUGACACUGACGGCUUGGGAAAACACAAGCGCACGCACAUACGCACACACACACACACCUUCGCGGAACGGCUAAUCAGGCAAAAAGGAAAGUGAAUUUAAGCAAGCACAUUGCUUCCGACUUUCGGACAAAGCAUAUCACCCAAGAGUCUAUGGACAGCUCCGAUGAUGAGUUUUAUGAUGCCCGAGAGAGUCUGUGCCAUAAUGGUAAGCACAGGUGUAUCCCUCAGAGUGGCAUUGAAGGCCUAGAAGGCAGUAGGACAAAGUGUAAGACUCAGGUGCUAAUAUUGGUGGUGCACGGGGGGAACAUUCUGGACCCAGCCAGUGGUGACCUCGGGGCAAAGGCUGCAGAUGUGGCCACUCUGUCCUCAGUGCUGGGGAAAGUGGCACAGGCGCACUUUGAGGCCGCUACACAGAAAAUACUAAUCAAACUGGUGCCGUGUCCUGCUGUAUGUGCAGAGGCCUUUUCCCUGGUUUCCAAUCUGAACCCCUAUAGCCAUGAUCAGAGCUGUGUUUCGAGCAGUGUAGACCACCUACCACUAGCAGCACUCCCACUUCUUGCUGUUGCAUCACCGCACUAUCAGGACUCUGUGGCAAGCAUCAUCUCCCGAGCCAAUGAGGUCUACCGCAGCUUCUUACAAUCUCCAGAUGGACAAGACUUCACUGGUCAGGUGUGUCUGUUGGGUGACUGUGUGGGUGGCGUGCUGUGUUUUGAUGCCCUCUGUUUCAGCAACAGCCCACAAAAUGACAGUCCUAGUCACAGAGGGAGACACAACAGUAUGGAGAGCCUAAGGGAUAACCCUGGACUUCUGGGAGAGGAUGACUGUGGCCUGAGCUCUAGCAAGCGCCUAAGCAAGAGCAACAUUGACAUUUCUUGUACCACUGACCCCACCAACAGCCAGCAUCCAUUUCACAGCAGUCAGGUCCGGGAUGGAAUAGACCCAAGAUUGGGAGGGAGCAGUCCAGGAUGGAAUCCAGGCCGUUUUGUCUUCGAGGUGUCAGAAUGUUUCCUGCUAGGCUGUCCACUUGGACUAGUGUUAGCCAUGAGACGCACUGUUCUUCCUUCAGUCAAAGUGACUCAGAUGCAGCCUGCCUGCUCUCAGAUCUACAACCUGUUUUACCUCUCCGACCCGUCAGCCUCCAGACUGGAGCCUCUUCUGCAUUCUUCUUUUCACCAGCUGCCUCCAUUCCCUGUUCUACGAUACCAGCUCUACCCACUAGGAGAUUGCUGCUCUACCUUCAUUGUUGAUGAGAUUCAUAGCCACCCUGAUGUGUUCCUGGAUGGAGGCCCUGCUCCCGGUGGUGCUGCAUUCUCCUCCUGUGUGGAUGAAGCAGAGAUGGCAAUGAAGCAGGAGGUUGAUGAUGACAGCGAGCCCUCCGGCUGUAGGGAGAACAAGCUGAGCCUCACCAUCGCCAACAUCUCCAGUAGCUGGUGGGGCUCUAAACGGCUGGACUAUGCACUUUAUUGUCCGGAUAUAUUGACUGCAUUCCCCACUGUGGCUCUGCCUCAACUUUUCCAUGCCUCAUAUUGGGAAUCUACUGAUGUUGUGGCCUUUCUACUCAGAGUGGUGAUGCAGUGUGACUCUGUGAAGACUCAGCAGGCAGACAGGUUAGACCCCACUUGCUUUUCCCCUUCCAGCCUCAGAGAGAAAUGGCUACGAAGACGCACACAUGUUAUGUUAAGGAACAUUACUGCCAACCACAGAGUGAAUGAUGUCAUUGUGACUGAGGAAAGGCCGCAGACUCUGGUUGGUCGCUUCAUGUACGGCCCCCUGGACAUGGUAACUCUGACAGGAGAAAAGGUGGAUGUGUAUGUGAUGACUGAACCACACUCAGGAUGUUGGGUGUACUUUGACACCAAAAUCACCAAUAGUAGCGGCAGAGUGUCCUACACUAUACCUGACAGCAAAAAAUUCCCUGUGGGAGUUUACCUUAUUAAAAUGGUUGUUAGGGGAGACCAGACAAGUGCAGAAGCUUUCCUGACUGUGCUGCCACAGGGAAUGGAGUGUGUAGUAUUUAGCAUUGAUGGGUCUUUUGCUGCUAGCGUCUCCAUCAUGGGCAGCGACCCUAAAAUGCGGGCAGGUGCUGUGGAUGUGGUCAGACACUGGCAGGACCAGGGAUAUCUGAUCAUCUACAUCACUGGGCGUCCUGACAUGCAGAAACAGAGGGUUGUAUCAUGGCUUUCCCAGCACAACUUCCCACAGGGCAUGAUCUUUUUCUCCGAGGGGUUGGUGCAUGACCCACUGCGCCAGAAAAGCAUCUUUCUUAGGAAUCUCAUUCAGGAGUGUCAUGUUAAUAUCAGUUUGGCCUAUGGCUCAGUGAAGGACAUCUCCGUCUACACCAUGUUGGGUCUCAGCCCUAACCAGAUAUAUAUAGUGGGCAGACCAUCCAAGAAAUACCAAAACCAAUGCCAGUUCCUCAGUGAGGGUUAUGCCAUACAUUUGUCCUCACUGCAGUUUGGCCACCAGGUCAGAUCCCAGAAGACCGCAUCAAUGCACAUGAUGCUGCGUAAUAGCUCUUUUGGCCUUUUAACAAAGCCAGACUUUCUUCCCAAGCGCACACUCUUGCGACGUACCAUGUCUGUGCAGCCGGCUGAGCUACCCAAGACACUGAUUCCUAAACCAGAGCGCUCCCAAAGCCAGCCUGAGUAUGAUAAAGACCAAAAGUUUGGAGGAGGAAUGUUUGUUCUGGGGGGCAUGCACUUUGGUAAUACCACUCCCUGACCACAGUGAGAGCGAAGGAGAGACAAGAGGAGAGAACAAUGUCCAGCUGCAGAUCCAAUGAUGGAGGUCUGAGCUGAUGUCAGAACAGAGUGUCCAGUAUGUUUGUGAGGAAGAUGCAGUGGCUGUCAUUACGCAGUCCUCACCAUUAGUAUGUAGAGGCCACUUUCAAAAUUUUGACCAGUCAAUCUCCUUCUUCUGUGUAGCAGCACUGUGGUCAAUAAGAACUCUUCAUUUUUAUAUUUAUAUUUCAAUAAAAUGUUAGUAUGUAAUUUUGUACACUUGCAUUGCCAUGUGCUUUUGUAUGAUUCGAAAUCUGUGAUUAAAGAUUGUAAUGCAGGUGUUGUUUUUGGUCCUAUUUAGAUUACAAAGUGAUAAGAUUUUAGUUUGUUACAGUGACAGAGUGAAUGAUCUGUUACUAUAUGUAAUCAGUGCAUGUGUGUCUGGACAUGUAUCUUUGUUCAAAAAGGUUUUGUAAUGAGUUUUUGAGCCAAGGCUUUUGACAGCUUUGCUAUUUUGAAGGACCCUUCAAGGACAAAACUUUAAAUGUUUGAAUGAAUUAUAUUUAUUUCCACAUAGAAUAAACCUCAUUUAUGACAGUAGCAAAUAUUUGUAAACUAAAGAACCAAAUUGUUAGAUUAAGCUAGAGCAGUUCAAAGUAUAGUAGUACCACAAAUCAUUCAAUACCAAAAUUGAAGUAAAGAGAGAGAGAAAAAAGUGUUAAACUGAUUAAAUUAGUUCCCACUCAAUAAUCAUUCAUUUAUUCUUUCAUUCAUCUUCAGUAAUCAAUUUAUCCUGGUUGUGGAGCGUAGACACCGAUCCAUCGCAGGCAAGUGUAAUCGAUGUUAUCUAUCUGGCUGUCUUGCCUGGCACUAGAAGAUGCUUCUCUGUAGAUGCUCUUACAAGAAUCUCUGUGCAGAGACUACAGCAACAAAUGUUUUAUCAUUGAAUAUCAGUGCAAUAUGAUUUUUGACAGCAUACAGUGUUUAAUAUCCAACCCAAAUCCAAUCCAACCCAUAUUUCUGUAAUUUCUUAUGUUUUCAUACAAAGUUAGCAAUAGGUUUGUUUUAAUGGUUUUUUUUUUAAAUAUAAUUUUUUAAACAUUUUUAUUUGUGUUGUUACAUAUAUUUGUGCAUAUACUUGACAGAAGUGCCUAAGUUAAAAAUGCUUAACUUUAAAAUUUGUGAAAAUGAAAAUAUUGGAAUGGGACUUGUGUAAAAAAUGUGUUCAGCCCCAUUUUCACAUUUGCUUGUGUCAAUGCUCAUUUAUUUCUGCAUUCGAUAUUUUCAAAAAUAAUGCCAAAAACAUGAAUAAACUUACAGAAAAUGACUUGAGUGCAUUUUUUAAAGACAUCUUUUACAGUUCCAAAAGCGGUGUUCUUUUCUGUUUCUGUUUUUUUUCUGGAAUCUCUAUGUCAAGCAAUUUAUUAUACCACACACAAAAUAUGGUCUUUUACACAAAUUUUGAAGCUUAAAGUUAUCAAACAACUAAGAAAGGAUAGAAAAAUAAAUCUGAUCUCUUCUUCAUCAUACCACUUCCCGCAGUAUCAUUCUGCACUCUAGCAUUACUCAU